UUUCUCGCUUGUUUCCGCCUCGAGCCGGACGGAGGCUCCAGCAGAAGCCCAGCGACCGAGGGAAGGGGGAUCGGCGGUGGCGAGUGGUACGUGACAGCGACAUUCUUUUCUUUUCCCUGGCCGUCUCCCCAAGCACCACGCCGACGCCCCCUCUCGCCCCUACAGCUCCACUACCCCUCCGCGGCUCGGCCUCCCUUUGCCUCGGCUACCCUUCUAUAUAGGCCGGCAGUCCGCUCGCCCGCAACCACUCUCCAUGACUUCUCCAUCCGCCUGCUACCCCGUGCUGGCUUCAAUGGACGGGGUAAUUGCAGUAGAGCUGUAGAGGCGGCGGGGGUGCGAGUGCGGCCGCACCGACACGCUCGGCGGCGGCGGGGGGUUGGGAUGGGGCUGCUGUCGAACCGGGUGGAGCGGUCGGAGAUCAGGCCCGGCGACCACAUCUACACCUGGCGGGCCGUUUACGCCUACUCCCACCACGGUAUUUAUGUUGGAGGAAGCAAAGUGGUCCAUUUUACACGAAAGAAAGAAACUGAAAGUUCAGAUUCAUCAGACUCCGCCUCCAGCCUGAUCUCAGAGAUUCCAUCAGAGUGCCAAACAUUCCCUGAUUGUGGAUUCCAGCUGCCCAAUAGUGGUGUUGUCCUCACUUGCUUGGACUGUUUCCUUCGCAAUGGCUCUCUCUAUUGCUUCGAGUAUGGAGUGCCAUCUGCGGUUUUCCUUGCAAAGCUUCGUGGGGGGACCUGCACCAUUGCCGAAUCAGACCCACCAGAGGUUGUGGUCCAUCGAGCGAUGUACUUGCUUCAGAAUGGUUUUGGAAAUUACGACAUGUUUGAGAAGAACUGUGAAGACUUUGCACUCUACUGCAAGACUGGGCUUCUGCCAGUUGAGGAACCUGGCAUUGGGACUAGUGGGCAAGCUUCUUCUGCCAUUGGUGUGCCUUUGGCUGCUCUUCUUUCCACUCCGUUUAAGCUUCUGGCGGCUGGUCCGCUUGGAAUGGCCACUGUCACAGCUGGGAUGUACUGUGCUGGCAGAUACAUUACUGACAUAGGAGUAAGGAAGGACGUAGCAAAAGUUGAAGUGGAGAAAUUGUCAUCGCACCCCGGGUUCCACCUUAUUGAAGACGAAGGAUCAGUUAACAAGCCAUCAGAAAAACCGAAGACCUUGCUCCCUAUGAAGAGGAAACGAGAAAGGUGACUGCGAAACGCAGCUUAGCAGGAUGAACUUCUCUGCCCUUCAAUUGGUGCCGAAUUGUGGAUAAUUUGGGAUAUAGUAUAUGAUGCUCCACUGUAAUAAGACUGGAUGGUAUAGAUAUGUGCCUUCAGAAUGUGCCCUGAUUGGAUUAGGCGCACACCUCACAUGGUCAAUUGUAACUGCCUUACAAAUUGAAUCACCAAAUCACUAUAUAAUGUAGAUUUUCUUCUAUGUUGUUUUCAGUCUUCUGCUGCAACUAAUAACAUUUAUACUAUUCAUCA